UGGGGCUAAUAAAUGACGUAACAACGGUCGUUCGUGUCAUCAGCAUGUGGUUAGUGCGAACGCCUUCCGUGUUGUUAGCUUUGCUGGGAAGCAGAGGAGUGAUCCGUGCAAUGUGUGCCCAAAUGAAAGACUGGCAAAGUGCCAAGUCCAUCUAUGAAUUCUCUGCCAAGGAUAUUGAUGGAAAUGAAGUGUCUCUAGAAAAAUACAGGGGCUAUGUGUGCAUCAUUGUAAACGUUGCCUCCAAAUGAGGAAAGACCAGAGUAAACUACACUCAGCUUGCGGAAAUGCACGCUUCCCUGGCUGAGAAGGGUUUACGCAUCCUGGGAUUCCCAUGUAAUCAGUUUGGAGGACAGGAGCCGGGAACUGAGGCGGAGAUUAAAGAGUUUGCUAAAGGUUUCAAUGCAGACUUCGACCUCUUCAGUAAAAUUGAUGUGAAUGGAGACAACGCUCAUCCUCUUUGGAAGUGGAUGAAAGCGCAGCCGAAGGGAAAGGGAACAUUUGGAAAUAACAUCAAAUGGAACUUCACAAAGUUUCUUAUCAACAAAGAGGGACAAGUGGUGAAGCGCUACGGUCCAACAGACGAUCCCGUCGUGGUGGAAAAGGAUCUGCCUUCGUACUUGUAAUACAACUAUCUCCGAUGUGUAUGACCGCUUGUGGAUCUCCCAUAUGGACUUGAGGUUGUUGGUGUAUGGGUGUCUGGACCAAUGACGGCUUGCCCGUGAACCCGAUUAUUGGGAUGGGCAGGUCUGAUGACUCAGCGUGCAGCUCUCCUCCAGACUUGCCACUACACCACCCUACAAGACCAUAUAAAUAGAGAUUUGUUAGUGAUCUAACCUGAGGAAGAUUUUUUUUCGAAAUUACAAGAAUUUAAGCAGCCAUUCCUUCUAUGUAAUCAGUGAUCUGUGGUGUUUAGGAUUUUGUGUACAGUACUUUCAUUAUGCCAGCUGCCCAUCAAAAGCAGAAGAUACCGUCAUCCACUGACAUCCCCAAGCUACUGACUAUGGCUGCACUGAACCAAAAAGGCGUUGUUGGAAUCGCGUUUCAAAUUAAUGCUUGUGCUUUGCAUUCACGUGCUUGUUAGAAUUAUGGGGUCAUGGCCUUUAGGGCUUAACAUUUAUCUGUACUUAUCAAGUAAAAAAGAUGCCGAAUCUGCUGUAAUUGUUGCUGUAUAAUAUUAGAGUUACUUUGCAGAGAAUUAAAAAGUCAAAACAUGAA